AUGGGGCCUGCCCCCGCCCCAGAUCAUCGUCCAUCGGCUCACUGCUUGAGUGGGCUCCGAAGGCAACGCCGAGACCGCAGUAGUUCGAGUAUGAGCCGGUCGACCAGCGCGCGGUCAACCGGGAUAGAAUGUCGAAAGGUGGAGGUAGAUGCUGGCUCAGGCGGGGUGGUGAGGCGGUGGAAGAGAACGAGGAUAGGCUUGCAAGGUGAAUUGCGAGGGAACUGGGGGUGCUUGGUGGCGCCAGGAGGAUGGAGAGAUGUAGUAGGGUCUCCUGGCUGGCUACUCUGCAUGCGGGCUGAAAAGAAGGGAAGUUUUACGGCUCUUAGCGGAUGGGUUCGGGUUGCUAUGGCCAUGUUGGAAGCGGAAGGUGAUGGAGCUCGACCAGAAGCUCGACGCGGGAUGCUAUGGCGACGCGAAGAGUCGGAGAAGAUAGACAGGGAUCUUCUGCACCAAUCACCAAGGUGGAGGUGGUCCGUUCCCCUUUGCUCUUCCCCGAAAUCCUUUUCGGGUUUCGGUGCCUUGACGGGUCUGCUGGAUGAAGCUACUCUACGGCUAUACUCUUCCACACAGUACGACUCGUCUGCAGCCGCUAUCUGCAUGGCUGAAAAGAGGCUGUCUCUGGGACUGGUAAAUGCCUCUCUUUCCCUACUUUCAGAUCCUGCUCGGAAGUCCAGCACCGAAGACCUCGCUUACGACACGGCCAAAGGAGGUCUACCCUUCGGUGACCAUGAAAUAUCGCUGCUGGAUGUCAGUGCGCACAGGCCAGCUGGGGAUCAAGGGGAGGAGAAGGAGGUGAUGCAGCGUCUCAGGCCUUCUUCUUCGAACAUCCUCAAUUUGUCCCAAGCUGACUCAUUCCCUUCCUCCUCUUCGGGGCCAAUCGGUGGUUUCGGCGCUCUUGGUGCUUCGGGUGGUGGACAUGGUGGGGCUGGGCUGCAACCAGCCAGAGCGGUGAAGCGGGUGCACUGGGCCGACGGAUAUUGCUCGAGUGAGGAUGAACUCCUUCUCACAGAUGGAGGUACCGGUGACCAAAGGUCCGAAGUCCGCCCUCCUCCGCGGCGGGCUAUCGUCCGCCCUGGGAGACCCACCGAGCGCUGGACGCCGUUCCCUCCGACUCUCGCAGCUGUCCCUGCGCUGCCAAAGACGACGAGACGGAAGAGGGCAAGGGUCGAUGCACCGGUCGAGAGCGAUAGUGAGGAGGUACGAGUUGAGGCUGAGGAUGUGAGGGGCAUGGAUGAGGUCGCUGCUGAAAGCCAGCGACUCCCCGACUCUUCACCAUGUCCUGCCGAGCCAACAUCACCACCCGCCGACCCAUCAUCAGCAGCAGGAUCUCCGGCGGAGAGUGGUCCCGCCUCGCCUCGCUCCGUCGCUUCCUCGGUGUCAUCAGGGCAUAUCCAGGAAGCGUCAGGCUCAGAGGUAGGGAGUGAAGCUUUGGUGUCCCGGUCAUCGUUGGGAGUGGAAGAGAGCGAGGAGGAAGGGGAAGGAGAGGAAGGGGAAGGAGAGGACGGGGAAGAGAUGGUUGUGGAUACCGGUGAUGUCCCUGACGAAGAGAGUGAGGACAGCCCGUCCCCUGCGCCAGCUCCUGUUCCUCGUCAAGCCGCUCGAUCCAACCAGCGUCCGACUCGCUCAGCCGCUACCCAAACCCGCCAGCGCCUCCAGAUGGUGGCGCAGUACGAGCAAGGCGUCGCCCGCGAACAUCCAGAGGUGGACUUCGAGGAGACCGAUGACCGGACGCACCGGACUGGGACUAGGAGGAGGAUUUCGACGAGUGAGAAGGGCGGUUCCGACGAGGAUGGCGAGUCGGGUGUGGAGCGCAAGCCGAAAGCGAGCCUGCCGCCGAGGAAGGUCACGACGUAUGGUCGUCGACGUGAGACCCGCACGCCGCCUCGAAGCCUUCUCGUCGCGGUCAUCAACGACGCUUCGGAGCCCGUUCUGACCCCUUCGAAGAGAAGAGGGCAUACUGGGACUGACAAGACGCGCGAGAGGACGUCCAGGCGUAAGCAGCGGCCUGAAGUAUCGACCGAUGAGGGUGAGCAGGUCGGGCCGGUCGCUGCUCCCGAGAAGACCGCACUCGAGAGAGAUCCGGGUGUGCAAUAUGCUCUGGAGCGCCGGGAAGCAGUCGCCGACGAGAUCGCAGCCUGGCUGCGUUCGGGUAAAGAGCAAGUCGGCAAGUCGUGGCUGGACCUUGGAGCUCGGUACGACGCACUCGACCGGGCACUUCGGGUGCGAGUCGAGACGUUAAAUCGAGCGGAGGACCACAAGAACUUCGUCGACAGCUUCGCUGAUCUCGCUUUGUCCAAGAAAGAGCGCAAGGCGAAAGCCGCACUCGCUGGUCAAAUCACCUUGCCGCAGGCGGGAUUCACCACCUCCAAGACCACGAGGCGGGGCAGGGCCAGGGCGGUAGUGGCGGAGGCUGAGGCAGAGUCCGAAGAGGAGGCUGCGGCGGAGUCCGAAGAGGAGGACGGGGUAAAUUCGGACGACGAAUUCUACGAGAGUGAGGGAGAGAGUGGGGCCGAAGGAGAUGCGGCUUGGCUUUGUGCGAAUGCGAGGAGGGUACGCUUUUGGGGGGAUAUCGGAUCUUUGUAUGCAGAUUUAAGCGGUCCAGUCCAACUUUCUGGUGGCUCGAAGCCCAUGUGGUCCAAGCUUUUGGCUUCCGGGCGGACCAACUAA